UUUCCAUCUCUGAUCAUGGGGCGAGUGCCCUACCGCUUAGCUACGCCGAUUGGUGUUGAGAUGGCGAAUUUGCCAGUACAUAAGGCAAAUAAAGUUCUUUCUUUCUCCACUAGAGCUGAGAGUAGAGACGCAUCGGUGAAACGCUCUUGCUUACUGAUGAUCUGCGGCAGGAUUUUUGUCAUCCCCAUCCCUAACCUUCUAAGCCAAGAAGGAAUCUCUGCUCUGCUAAACUCAAACGCCAGAGCCGAGCACUCCACGGCUCCCCGGUGCUCAAUUCAAUCGCAAGUUUUAACGUUUUUGUCCUAUAGCCUAAACAGAUUAAAAAUUAGUUUACUUCACAACUCAGUUGAUGCAACUAUACCAUCUCUCAUCAUGAAAAGACCUGGUACAACAAAAGAUGUCGGGAUCCGAAGGAAAGAGUACAAAGAACGUAAGAAGAAAAGGUCAGAAAAAAUAGUUGGAAAAAUACUGAAUUCGAUGGCAGCAGAUGAAAGUUCAGAAUCCCAAACUAAAAGCGGUCCAACAAUUAGAUCAAACAGCUGUGAUUCACAAAUUCCGCGGAUGAGUAGGACGUUGAGCAUUGCUGUUCCAGCCUCUAUUCUUGAUAAUGCCCAAUCUGCUGAACUCAGGACUUAUCUGGGAGGACAGAUCGCCAGAGCUGCUUGCAUAUUUAAAGUUGAUGAGAUCAUAGUCUUCAAUGAUGUGGAGGAUUCAAAAGGAGAAUCCAAUUAUGAUAUCCAACAAAGUUGCUACCAGUUAGCCAGGAUUUUGCAGUAUCUGGAGUGCCCCCAGUACCUAAGGAAAACUCUUUUUCCGAUCCACCAAAGCUUGCAGUAUGCCGGUCUUCUGAAUCCUCUUGAUGCUCCUCACCAUUUAAGAGCCAAUGAUGAAUCCCUAUUCAGGGAAGGCAUUGUAUCGAAGUGUCCCCCAAAACCCAAUGUUGGAUCCUAUGUUUCGGUUGGCUUACCAAAAGAUGUACUAGUCGAUAAAAUUCUUGAGCCAAGCCUCAGAGUGACAGUCAGAUUGGAACCAAAUGAUAGAGGUGCAAAACUCCAAGGUAAAAUAGUGUCCCCCACUACUCCCAAAGAGGAGGCAGGUUUGUAUUGGGGUUACACUGUCAGGGUAGCCUCUUGCCUUCAAGAAGUAUUUUCUAACUGUCCAUAUGAAGGAGCUUAUGAUCUAACAAUCGGAACUAGCGACAAAGGUGAUAGUUUAUACGAUUUGAACAAAGAACAUUUUCACCAGUUCAGUCAUACUUUAGUGGUAUUUGGAGGUCUAUUAGGAUUAGAAGCAGCAUUGAAAGCUGAUCAUAAUAUUCCCGUUUCAAAUAUUCGCCAACUCUUCGAUCACUAUUUAAACACCUGCCCCAACCAAGGAUCUAGAACAAUUCGAACAGAAGAGGCUAUCUUAAUUACUUUAACAGCCUUAACAAGAUACUUAUCUGUGUAAGGUUAAGCACCUAUUUCAUUGCAUUCUUUUUUAACUGUUUCAAGAUUGGUUUCUCUUGUUUAGGAACCAGUUCAAGUCCCUAACUUAGUGACUUGAAACAAAAGUGAAAAGAACAAACCAAUCGAGUAACCCAUCCAAUAGAUGGUCAAAUGAUGUUCAAUGAAAAUAUCAAAUUAUAAGUUACAUGAAUAUAUUGGGUGAUGCAAAAGUGUAAAAAUCGUAUAAUUUCAAAAACAAGGAUGUUAGGAGUCCACUCUGGAAAUCUGUCAGCAUUUAUACGUCAUACUACAAACUAGUCCAUGUUACAAUCGAUUAACAAAGUGAGGUGUUUUCAACACGCACUCAGCAAUGGGAAAACUCUAGUAAGGUAAACUUUGACACAGUUUACUGCAGACAAAUAGGUCAGGUGUGUUGUUUGGUGGGUAUUCAGGGUGUUGUCGACGUAAGGGGGGGGGGCAUGGUUCCAGUUUUUACGAAUAGGCCCUCAAAAUCCUCCUGCUUGAAGUUGUGCUCAAUUUUAAUCUCCACUGUGUUUAGUUCAUUAUGUGGCCCUAAAAUAUGUCAGAACACUUAUACAGCUGUAUGCGCAGGUGAAUUUAACUCUUCUCUGUGACAUUGUUAGAUUGAUCCAUGGUUGGCGCCUUCUUUUUGAUUCAGGAUUGUUAUUGUACUCUCUUUUUUUUUUUAACGAACCUCAACUUUCUUGCAUAACAUCAAUCUAUCAGGCAAACUCAUUUAAACCACAGCGAGCCUUGACCUGUUCAAGCAGCAUUUUUCCUUGGGAGAAAAUCGCCAAUAAAUGCUAAAUUCUCAUUGAAAACUUUGCAAGUAGAAACCUCCAAGGUGACCGAAGGGAAGGGUUUUUCAAUUUUGAAUUAUUUGGAUUAGUGAUGGAUUUUACACUAAAAUGCAGAUUCUCCUCCUCUGCAAAGAGAAAAAAUUUGGAAAUUGAAAAAUCGCAACCAAAUGAUAUAUCUAAGGCAGACGCAGGCCCCCUUGACUGGGAAUGUGUUCUGUUCGGGAGAAGAAGAUAAAGUGAAAAAAAAAAUGUUAUGCAAUAGCAAGCACUGCAUUGCAACAAGGGAAGCAGUGAAGCCACAUUACUUAAUUCAGUUAUUUUGAUGUCAUUCAGAACCAUAUUGCCAGUAAGAAUUUAUUAUUUUCAUUCUUUAGUCUAAGUAACUACAGCAUCAAAAUCAUGAGCACUUUAAACCUGUCAAAGAGCCAAUGUCAGAAAGGAUGAGAAUGUAUUACUUUAUUUAAGACUAUAGUGCACAUCAUCUCUAAAGUUUGCUUUCUUUCCCAAAAUUUUAUCUUGCGCUUUUCUACAUUUAGGUAAUUAGAAUGAUUUUCCACUAAAAAUCAUUGAACCACUCAUUUUAUGUGACUGUGCCGAGGCGACUAUAUUUACUCCUAAAUGAAAUGAGAGGAACACGGGGUACAGGCUGUAAAUAAAAGUAAUUUGGACGGGGCGUAUCGGGGUUCACAUUCCCUUUUUCAACCAACCAAGGCAAGUCUUGCCUUGCUGUUAAGCGGCGGCUCAUUUACGUGUAAAUUUUAACUUGUGUUUUUUGUUUUUUUUCGGCGGUUGAAAAAGGGAAUGUGAACCCCGAAACGUUCCGUCCAAAUUACUUUUAUUUACAGCCUGUACCCCGUGUUCCUCUCAUUUCAUUUACAUAUUUUGGGCUGAUUAAAUUGAUACCUUUAUUUACUCCUAAAUGAAUCAAGACCCAUCAAAGGCCUCUUAGCAAGAUCCAAAAUCCAGACUUUCUUUUCUCAUGAUUGAGAAACAUUAUUCGUGAAAAGUGAGGUCAUCUAGUUUCUUGAAUGCGAAUAUUCUCCUCUGGUUUCUAGUAGUAGACUGUGGGCCAACAAUGGUUCUCCCCCUCCCUUUAAAGAACGGUAUUGUCAACAACCUUUGGCGUUAGCCAACAAGGUAAUUAGUUUUGAUCUGUGGGUCAUGUAUUGCAUUUGCGGUGAGCAAAGUAUGGAUACUUUUUGCCCAUGCAUGAAGUACCUACCUCAUUUGUGGUUAAUAUUCAGUAUUCAUUAUCCAUCAUCAGUAACUCCUUCAAUAUCCAGUUGAAUGCCGGAAGUAUGAAGAAAAUUUGUUUUAUCACAAUUAUUAACUCUCAAAAUUUAGAAUUUAUAUGAACUAACUGUGCCGAGGUUAGCAGUUGGUGCAAUUACUAUUUCACAAACUUUGGCUACUUACCUGCGAAGAUUUUCGUUGUGUGGGAUGAGGAGCUGUGACUAAAUGUAAUUCUUAAACUCAAAGAAACUGAACUGAAGCAAAACAAUCGUGCACCACCUAGAUUUUUAAGGGGAAUAAUAUUAUGAAGAAGUGUAAGAAUACCUUCGCCGACUCAUAGGGAAAAACUUUUUUUAUUAGUCUGAUGCUUUUCUUUUUGGGGGGGAGGGGGAGAGGGUGGUUUCCUGAUUUUAUUUGGUAUUUUGUCAAAUGAGAGGGGAAAAUAUCUCAUUUACAUUCAAUUUUCAUGUGGCACAGUUUUUGAUAAGGCCGCUUUCACACCAUUUAAUUUGUCGUCCGGCAGCCCGAAUCGGUGAGCAGGUAGAAAACUGGGUGGAAGAAAUCCGAUUGACUAGCAGCCUUUUCACACUUAUUUGGCACUCGAUCCGAUUUCCACACAUUCCAUAGAAUAUAUGAUUUUUGCCUUAUCCUGGCUGUGCUAACAACAAAUACACAGUCAGAAUCAUUUUAACAAUGGGUCGACCUGCAGCUACUGCAAAAUGGUGUUCGCACAGGAAGGGAAAGUCGGAAAUAUUUUCCUUCCGAUUUUUCAGAUAAUCGUGUCUGCCAUUCAAUCUUAAAUACUUAACAAUUUCAAGAAACAAAUGCAUAUAACUUUUAUCCAAAAUAAAUGUUUUAUAGGAGAGAUUUUGGCAAUUUUCGAAUUUUCAUAUGGCGGUUUUCCCUAAUACGGCAGAGUACAGCUUAGCUGUGCAUGGAUGAGAGGAGUAGAUUAUACAGUCUGAAUUGAGCCUGAAAUAGCAUAGGUACACGAACGUACCGCAGCGCUCGCCAAAUUGCACUUAUUGCUCUAUUCCGUAAAGCUCCAUAUUCGGGAGGACAUUAUUUUGUCUAGAGUACCUCUAAAGGGAGAGCAUCGAUAUGUCGGGAAUCUUCAGGUUAGAUGAUAGAGCUUUUAGGACCCAAAAUGGUAGCCCACCUUGGAAUUCUAAUCAUCCAGAGUGAUUCAUGUAAAGCACGUAUUUGACUUAGUUUUUGCAUAAAGUUACUCAUUUUUUCGGAAGGACGCUCAUUUAUGACCAUUUUUAACCAUAUUGGUUUGGGAUUGGAAUCUGAAGGUUGACAGCGACAUGUUUUGUCUUACAAGGUUGUCUGCCCUUUUGGACCCUUAGAGUUCCAUAUUUCGACCUGUCCGUACUCUUCCAGUAUAGGUAUUCUAAUAUUUUAUGUAAAUUAUUAGCGAUUUACAUAAAAUAUUAGAAUACCUAUACCAGGAGGAGAUUCCAUUGGCCGCAAUGUUCUUUCAACCUAUCAGGCAACCGAUUCGGGUGAAGGAGUGAGCCACUGACACACGGCAUGCCGGCGUACGAAAAAUUGGAAUAGGAAAGUGUGGAAGGCUUCAUUCGCGCCAAUGCGCCGCGGCGUGAGUCACGAUUUGCUACCUGCUCACCAAUCCGGGCUGUCGGACUACAUACCGAAAAGUGUGAAAGCGGCCUAAGGGAAGCUCUCUCAAGUUGCUUUUUGAAUUGCCAUCAGAGGAAGCUUUCUCUAAAGAAAUUUUCUGUGGAUGGAAUUCAAUUGAAGAUUCUAGCAAUGAUCACAGCUCUCCAAAAUUGAAUUGCAGCAAUGAUCAUAUCUCAACAAAAUUGGUUUUGCUGACAAAUAUUGGGAUCAUGUUGAAUGUAUUCGUACGUUGAAAUUUAAUUAUGCCGUGUUCAAAUACAUGACUACAAUGUUUA